AGUGUGUGUGUGUGUAUGUGUGUGUGAGAGACAGAGAGAGAGAGAGAGACAGUGUGUGCGCGUGAGAGAGAGAGAGAGAGAGAGAGAUGCGCGCAGGGAGAGCCGCGUGGCUUUAAGAGCGUCUGUUUUCCCCUCUCUCUGAGCAUUUCCUCUCACCGGCUGCAGACUACAGAGCUGUCAGAGCUCACAUCUGCUCUCACGCCACUGAUCUCACAUCACUGAUCUCACAUCACUCAUCUGCCCUCAGCGCACAGAGGCUCUCGGUGUCGGAGCGGAAACACUUCGGCUGCGCGCUUCGGAAAUAAAUCCCGUUUCGGUCUCGGAUUCGGAUUUACCGGAGCUUUUACGCGGCCAUGGAGUUACAGAAGUGGCGGUGUUGCGCGCUCGGUGCGUCUCUGCUCGCCGUGUUCAGCUCAGCCAUGGCUGCCGUUCACUAUAGCUGCGAUGGAUCACUAGCAUCUGGACUGCCUGCGGCCUCUUUCCAGAGUUCUUCACAUUUUUCAGAAAGUCGGGCCGCUAACUUCGCCAAGCUGAACAGAAGAGAUGGAGGUGGUGGGUGGAGCCCACUGUUGACAGACAGGUCACCGUGGCUGCAGUUGGACCUCAGGGCGCGCAUGGAGGUGACGGCUGUAGCCACGCAGGGCCGCCAUGGCAGCCAUGACUGGAUCAGCAGCUACACACUUCUCUACAGCGACAGCGGGAGUGUGUGGAAGCAGUACAGGAACGAGGACAGGGUUGCGAGAUUGGUGGGGAACAUGAAUUCCGACAGUGCAGUCUAUCACAAACUCAGCCAACCCAUUCGAACCCGAUUUCUGAAAUUUGUUCCUCUCGAAUGGAACCCCAGUGGCAGAAUUGGGCUCAGGAUCGACGUCUACGGCUGCGCAUACAAAUCAUAUGUGGCGGAUUUUGAUGGCAGAAGCUCUCUGCUGUACCGGUUUAACCAGAAGUCCAUGAGCACGGUGAAGGAUGUGAUCUCGCUGCGCUUUAAGAGCCGACAAACGGAGGGCGUUCUGCUGCACGGGGAGGGCCAGAGAGGAGAUUAUAUCACACUGGAGCUACACCGAGGGAGACUAGCUUUACACCUCAACCUUGAUGAUACCCGGGUCAGGUCAAGCAGCGGCCGUAUGGUGGUCACACUGGGCAGUCUGCUCGAUGACCAGCACUGGCACUCGGUGCUCAUCGAGCGCUUUAACAAGCAGGUCAACUUCACCUUGGACCGACACACACAGCACUUCAGGACCAAAGGGGACGGAGACUCUCUGGAGGUUGACUAUGAGCUCAGCUUCGGUGGGAUCCCACUCCCGGGAAAGCCUGGAACGUUCCUCAGACGGAACUUUCACGGCUGUGUGGAGAAUCUCUACUACAACGGGGUGAACGUCAUCGAUCUCGCCAAGCGACGCAAGCCUCAGAUAUACACUGUGGGAAAUGUGACCUUUUCAUGCUCAGAGCCGCAGCUGGUGGCCGUUACCUUCCUGAGCUCGAGCAGCAGCUUCCUGUCCUUUCCAGCUCCUGCGCUCUCUCCAGACGGGCUCUCGGUCCGCCUGCAGUUCCGAACCUGGAAUCCCGAUGGCCUGCUGCUGUCCAGUCGGCUGGCGUCGGACCCGGAACAGCAUUACCUCUUACUGCACAUCAGCAGCGGUCGUCUCCGCCUCACGCACCACACCUCCGACCUUAAAACCCUGGAAGUGUCCAUUGGGCAAAGGGUGAAUGAUGGUCUCUGGCACUCGGUGAGCCUCAGCACCAGAGGUCUGCAGAUCAUCAUGACGCUGGAUAACGAGCCAGCUUCCACCAUUCAGCUAGAGGACUACCUGGAACCAAGAGACAGUUACUACUUUGGGGGUUGUCCGGUGUCUCAAAAUGGCUCUGGCUGUAUGAACACUGUAAUGGCCUUCCAGGGGUGCAUGCGCCUCAUCCUCAUCAACAACCAACCUGUGGACUUCAUGCACAUCCAGCAAGGGAUUGUGGGAAGCUGGAAUCAAAUAGAGUUCGACAUCUGUGGCAUUCAGGACAGAUGUCUCCCUAAUUUCUGUGAAAACGGCGGCCGCUGCUCUCAGACGUGGUCCUCUUUCUACUGUGACUGCGCAGGCACGGGAUACAGUGGUGCAACGUGCCAUAACUCUAUCUAUGAAGCCUCAUGCGAGGCCUACAGGCUUGCAGGAAGCACCUCAGGCUACUUCUCUGUUGAUCCUGAUGGGAGCGGCCCUCUGGGUCCAAUUCAGGUCUACUGCAAUAUGACAGAGGACAAAGUAUGGACCGUGGUCCAUCACAACAGCAGUGAUCCAGUCCGAGUCCAGGGAUCGACACCAGAGAAACCCCACAAAGCGCACUUUGACUACGGUGCCUCGCCGGAUCAACUCCGAGCCCUCGUGUCGCAGUCGGAAUACUGCCAACAGACCCUGACCUAUCAGUGCAGGCGAUCUCGACUCUUCAACACAUGGGAUGGUGCUCCCUUGUCCUGGUGGCUGGAACGUGGUGGUGAGAGGAGGACGUAUUGGGGAGGUUUACUGCCUGGUGUUCAGCAUUGCGCCUGCAGUCUGGCGGAGAACUGCAUCGACAUGAACUUCUUCUGCAAUUGCGAUGCUGACCGAGAAUCAUGGGAAAACGAUACCGGGCUCCUGUCCUAUAAGGACGACUUACCAGUGAGCGGAGUAGUAAUAGGAGAUACAAACCGAGUGAGAUCUGAGGCAGUCUUCAGUGUUGGACCCCUGCAAUGCUCUGGUGACAAGUCUCUUUGGAACGCGGCGUCUUUUUACGACGAGGCAUCGUACCUGCUCUUCCCCGCCUCUCAAAUGGAGCUCUCCUUCGACAUCUCCUUCUACUUCAAGACUGGCUCGCCCUCGGGAGUCUUUGUUGAAAAUGUGGGCUCGCGAGACUUCAUCAGAGUAGAGCUGAGCUCUCCUUCAGUCGCUACCUUCUCGUUCGACGCCGGGUACGGGCCGACUGUGCUAAACGUUAAAUCUCCGGUGCCGCUGAACGACCGCCAGUGGCACUGGGUCCGAGCUGAGAGGAAUGUAAAGGAGGCGUCGCUGCAGGUGGACCAGCUGCCUCUGCGCUUCCUGGAGCCUCCAGCACACACACAUAUACGCCUGCAACUCAACAACCAGCUCUUCGUGGGAGGAACAGCCUCCAGACAGAGAGGCUUUCUGGGAUGCAUGCGAGCGCUUAAUGUAAAUGGCGUGACCUUUGACCUGGAUGAGCGAGCCAAGGCGACCCCGGGUGUGAGCUCGGGCUGUGCGGGUCACUGCAGCAGCUCUGCGGGUGUCUGUCACAACCGGGGCCGGUGCGUGGAGAAGAGCACCGGCUAUGUGUGUGACUGCACACACUCCGCAUACGGAGGGCCCUCAUGCAAGGAAGAGGUGUCUGUUUCCUUCGAGAGGGGUUCCUCGGUGACGUACACAUUCCAAGAGCCUUUCUCCGUCAUACAGAACAGGACGGCCCAGGUUUCCUCCUCGUCCUCCGCAUACAGCAAGUCCAGAGACAACAUGGCGCUUAGCUUCCUCACCACACAGAGUCCUGCUAUGCUCCUCACCGUCAACACCUUCACCCAGCAGUACGUAGCGGUUAUCCUCGCUCGCAAUGGGAGUCUGCAGAUUUGGUAUCAGCUUCAUAAGGAGCGAAGGCCCAGUGUGUUCAGCCCUGUGCUCACUAGUCUGGCAGAUGGGAAGCUUCACCGACUCCGACUUCACAGAGAAGGAAAAGAUGUCUAUGUGCAGGUUGAUCAAGACAAUAAAAAAUACACCCUCUCACAGGACACUGACUUUAACUCGAUGAGAUCACUAACCCUAGGAAAAAUUACAGCAGGAACUGAUGCACUGGACGAGGAAGUAGCGCAAGCAGGAUCCAGAGGUUUCAUCGGCUGCUUUUCAUCUGUUCAGUACAAUCACGUAGCUCCACUAAAGGCAGCGCUGCUGAACCGCGGGAGCUCUUUGGUCAGCAUACGAGGCCAUUUGCUCGAGUCUAAUUGUGGAGCGCUGGCAGAUUUAUCAACCUCUAAAUCCCGUCUAGACCAUGUGGAAGAGGUGGGGACAGACAACAAGCAUCACAAAGAAGACCCCCAAAGAGAUUCAGCGGUAAUUGGAGGCGUGGUCACAGCUGUGGUGUUUGUAACGCUGUGCUUGCUGGCUGUGAUGGCACGCUUCCUAUACCAACACCGGCAGAUCCGGAGGACCACCAGCAUCCAGGAGAAGGAGCACAGGCGCAGCCUUGAAGCUGCCUACAGGGCAGAACUUCACCUGAACCAGUCUAUAAGGGACAGUAUGAAGGAGUACUACAUCUGACGGACAUUAAAAGCCUUGUAGCCGCCGAUCGUCCCUCCUCAAGUUUAGUCCUUCUGCACGCUUGUGGUGUGGACCUUACCUAGCACGAGCUGCGUGGAGAAGAUCCUUCACUAAUGGAGCUUUGGAGACUGUAGGGAUCUUUGGAUCUAGGUAGGUAGUAGCUAGUAGAUGCCCAACCUGUUGGCCCGGAGUAGCGGGUCUGGGUUGUGCUGUCUGGUUAUGGUGUUAUCAGGAAAGUCCCUGCAUUUCUUGGACAAUAUUUCUUUGAGGAAACCCUAAAAAAGAAGCAGUAUCUGGCUAUUUUUUGAGACUUUUGGACAUAAAGUGUAAUGCUAUUAUCCACAAUCUUGCCACCCCUCUCCCUCCCCCUCCCCAAGACCUACAAGGCCUACUGCAAGAGUAUGGUUGGAAAUUCUAUUUAUUCAUUCUUCAUUGCACUUCUUCAUUUGUUUUCCUGAAAAUUAUUAUUUGAUCGUGUCCAUUAAGACUUUAAUGUAGAGAAGGCUAAAUAUUAUCCAUGAAUGUAGGCAGAGAUCAAGAAUGUUUUCAGAGUUUUACAUUUGUGUAGAACAGGAGUGUCAGACUCAGGUCCUGGAGGGACGUCUAGAACCGGAGUGUGACAGCCCUGGAAGAUGGGUCCAAAACUUUUACCCAUUAUGUUGGUAAAAUGUAAAUUUGAAUAUAAGGUAAUGUGAAUCAUGAUGUCUCCGUAAAACUAUUAUAUUUAAAAAAAAACAAACAAAAAAAAAAAAAAACACAACUUUGUCAAUGUUAUGGUGUGAAAUGUCAUGCCAUCUUUCCAAUGACUGAAACUUGAAAUGGCAUUUUCUCUAUAUAGUCAAAGUCUAGUCAUUUGGAAACCUUCCCGCAUGUUAAAGUUAAGGUUGGUGUUCUCACAGUAACUGAGCGGAUUGACAACCAACAGUUUGGCAAAACUUAGGUCAUUAAACUCAACCAACUCGACAAACGACUCUGACACUACCAGCCUUUAAAUAAUACCUCAUCAUCCUUGGUUUUAAAUUGUAUAACCAUUAUUCUGUCUUCUUAAAACAGUGUUUCAGUAAAUGUAUGCCUUUUUCUACAUUUUUAGCUUUUAUUUCAAACCAAAUGCUUACCGUGAAAAGCAGAACACCUGUCAGAGUUAGUAGUCAGAAACAAUAGUACUGUAGUCAGAAAUGAAAACGGUUGAAGCACAGAAGUCGGGUGCUGCUAAGCAGCGCUUUAACUGGUGUGACAUGCUUACAUUUAUUCACAUGAUCUCUUCACAAAACGAUUCAUCUAUUCCUGUUCCACUCUUUUAUCAUCACUUUGUUUUUCCUUUUUUUUUUUUAAAUGAAAGUGUCCUUUAAUAUGUUACUCCCUCUAUUUUCUACCUACCCAAUAUGGAUUAUUUUAGAUGGCCUGUUUUGUAUAAUUGUACAGCUAUACUGUAAAUAAAUAUAUGUUUAAUAAAAAAACAU